ACUAGCGCGGAUCUCGCGAGAUUUCCUGCGGCCAUAUAUACGUGUGGCGAGCCCGCGUCCUUUCCCUGGCGUGAUUCCGUCCUGCGUGUCUGUUCUGAGGAGCAGUAGGCAGUUUCCUCCGUCCGCCUUCUCUCACACCGAAGUGCGCGCCUCCACCUCAUGGAAGACUCGAUGGACAUGGACAUGAGCCCUCUCAGGCCUCAGAACUACCUUUUCGGUUGUGAACUAAAAGCUGACAAGGAUUAUCACUUUAAGGUGGAUAAUGAUGAGAAUGAGCACCAGUUAUCACUAAGAACGGUUAGUUUAGGGGCAGGGGCAAAAGACGAAUUACACAUCGUAGAGGCAGAAGCAAUGAACUAUGAAGGCAGUCCAAUUAAAGUAACACUGGCAACUUUGAAAAUGUCUGUACAACCAACAGUUUCUCUUGGGGGCUUUGAAAUUACACCACCUGUGGUCUUAAGGUUGAAGUGUGGUUCAGGGCCUGUGCACAUUAGUGGACAGCACCUAGUAGCUGUAGAGGAAGAUGCAGAGUCAGAAGAUGAAGAUGAGGAGGAUGUAAAACUCUUAAGUAUGUCUGGAAAACGAUCUGCUCCUGGGGGUGGUAACAAGGUUCCGCAGAAAAAAGUAAAACUUGACGAGGAUGAUGAGGAUGACGACGAAGAUGAUGAGGAUGAUGAAGAUGAUGAUGAUGAUGAUUUUGAUGAUGAGGAAGCUGAAGAAAAAGUUCCAGUGAAGAAAUCUGUACGAGAUACCCCAGCCAAAAAUGCACAAAAAUCAAACCAAAAUGGAAAAGACUUAAAACCAUCAACACCAAGAUCAAAGGGUCAAGAGUCUUUCAAAAAACAGGAAAAAACUCCUAAAACACCAAAAGGACCUAGUUCUGUAGAAGACAUUAAGGCAAAAAUGCAAGCAAGUAUAGAAAAAGCGCAUUGAACAGUCCUGGGCACUACUGGUAAAUUAAGCCCAAAGAUGGGGAAAGAGGAAAAGGAGAAACAAAUAUAGUCCAUACUGAGUACCAUCAACAAUCCAGACUGAAGUCUUCUAUUUUAAUCUCAAUCCCCUUUCCUGAUUGGCCAUCCAUUCCCCCCUUGCACGCUGGAAGCAAUCUCUUAUUUUCCUAAAGCAUUUUUCUUUCACUCUUGUGAUGCAGAGAACUUUACUGCUUUCUACACUUGUGCAUAUGCCUCAUCUCUGACCAUGUUUUAAUACCUUUGUAUCCUUAGCUGCUCAAUAAAUUUUUGAAUGAAUCAAAUAAGAAUGUAUGUGACAAUACUUUAAAAUUACUGUAGUGACUUACUUUCUAGGUGAUGGAGGCAAUUGUUUCUCACAUUUGGAAGGAAGCCUUACUUACUCUUGGCUAAACAUAAAACAAUGCAAAAAGCUAAAAAUUUGGUUAACCAAAUGAUGCAUUUAAUGAAAUGAAACAAGGGAUGAUAAUUUGUAGUGUAGUGGUACUUAUUUUUAUACUGACAAAUUAAGGUAUUUAGGUAGUAACUAGUCUUAGGAAUUUUGAUGACAAAACCUUACGUAUUGGUGAUACUGUGUUAAUUGCCUAUAUUCAUAAUUUGAAACAAAUGCCAAAUUUGUGUUAUUUAAGUAAGAUAGUUAAGAAAUUAGCUACUAUUAACUUCAAUUUGUUUCUAGGUAAAUGGUGUGCUAUCCAAGGUUCUUUCUUGGGAAACACUUAAAGUUCUUGAUUAACAGAUUGGAUUGAAUUUAGUUUUGGGUGAUAGAGGGUGAUAAAACUAAAAUAUUGCAUAAUAUGGUUAGGUACCCAAAUUGACUGUAUUUGUAUUCCUGUAGAAUUACCUGUAGCUUGAGUUGGACUUUCAGCAAUUGAAAGACCAUAGUCAAAAUGUGCUGCAUCUUAGGUUCUUUCUGGGCCCCAAUGAUGACAUUGAUGUGUUUAAAGUUGAAGGGACAAGGAAUGACUUGUUCAUGUAAUGGCAUGCAAAUCUGGGAGUUUUCUAAUGAGAUCUCACAAUUUCUAUGCUUAUCCGUAAUGAUUCUUUUUU